AUGGUCCCUGCCGCUUUUAGAGAACCAUGCCGACCAACAGCAGACGACAUCACACUUUACAAAGACACCGCCGCAAACGUACUGCUCCUCUUGUGUCACAAGAUGGGCGUGGAGUCUGUAGAAGGAUCUCUUUCGCCUGAGUUUAGGGCGCCAGCCUUCCUUAAACCGACCGUCGCCAACAACGUAACCCAGCCUAGGGACCGCUUAAACAAAGACAAAUCCUAUGAUCCCGGACCUGCACUGCUCGCCGAGAUACGCAGGCAUGGCCAUGAGUUCCACCCAGACGAUACAAAACUGUGGUACACUAUCGUGGAGACGACUGCACGUCUGGUUCAUCAGCCACAGCUCAUCAGAAUCCUCCAUUCUUCUGGGGAAAAGACUUUGACGAUCCAACACGACUGGUCGACUCAAAUUUUCGGUCUUUUCAGGUAUCUUUCCCCCCACCAAGCGACGGAAAGAAGGGAGGCACAACUUCAAGUAGCUCUUCAUCAGCUGCGGACGGCGAUUGGUUCGAGAGAAAAGCGAAAAGUGAGAAUAAGGGAGAUUGUGGCAAAGGUGCGGUAUUUCUUCAUUGAACCAUACGAAGUUCAGAAAGCCUGGGAAACGGGGACGGUUCAAGCGUAUUAUUAG